AAUACACAAAAUCACCAGCGGAUAGCGGUUUGAAGCUGAAGAACCCGAUAGGCCACAGCCCAUAGGAGUCCCGAGUCCCUCAUAGUUAGAGAAGAAGGAAAAUCGAACAAAAUCGAACCAGCCGCCUUCCAAAACCUCUUCUCCACUUCAACUUCCCAUCACGCAAUCCCCGAAAUCCCAAUUUGUCAAACCCUAAUUUCGAUCCCCAAAUAUCCAGAUCGAUCGAAUUCCAUGGCAAACCCUUCCUCAUCUUCCUCCUCCUCGUCUCAAUUCACCUACUCCUCCGAUCCCUCUUACUUCCCCACUCCCUUCCACCUUCAACAACCGCCUUACGCCCCACCCCCUCGUCCCCCUCCUCCCACCGUCGCCGCUGCCCCCGCUGCUGCCGCAUACAGCUAUCCUCCUCCACCGUCACACCACCACCAAUUCCAGCGCGACGCUCAGCAACUCUUCCAGCGCGACGCCCAGACCAUCACCCCGGAGGCUCUCGAGAGCGUGAAGGCCGCCAUAGCCAGCAGCGACGUCGACCACAAGACCGACGCGAAGCGGAAGGCAGUUCCCCGCCGUGCCGCUGGGCAGACGUGGGAGGAUCCCUCGCUGGCCGAGUGGCCGGAGAACGACCAUCGCUUGUUCUGCGGUGAUCUAGGGAACGAGGUGAACGACGACGUUUUGUCGAAGGCGUUCACAAGAUUCCCUUCGUUUAACAUGGCGAGAGUUGUGAGGGACAAGCGAUCAGGGAAGACCAAAGGGUACGGAUUCGUGAGCUUUGCGGACCCUUCGGACCUCGCUGUGGCUCUGAAGGAGAUGAACGGGAAGUACGUUGGGAACAGGCCAAUCAAGCUAUGCAAGAGCAAGUGGAAGGAGAGGACCGAUUAUGAUGCUGUUGAUAAGCAGAAGAAGCACUCCAAGAAGAAGUUGAAGUCUUCCUCCAAGGUUGGCGUGUUGCAUUACUAAUUAAGGUAGACGUCGAAAAGAAAAAGAAAAAGUGCUUGCAUUGAAAUCUAAUUUGAACUACUUGAUGUAGCUAUAUAUGUGAGUUGUUUUAGUUUAUGAAGGUUUUGAAAAUGACUCAUAUGUGGUCAAUGUUAAAUCCAUGUAAGUUGCUGAUGCGACCAAAUUGAACAACUUAGUUACCCACCUCAAGGUUCUGUGAACGUAAGAACCGUUGAGGCUCUGUUUUUUAUAACAAGAAUUUAUGAAAGAAA